UCCUGUGUUGCAACUCUGGAAGGAUCUCUCGGACUGUGAAGGCUUUUUAGUAUAUGUACUCUGUAUGUUUUUUCUUGGUAUGUGUUUGUUUUUCCAUACUGUUAUGUACCUUUUCCUAUAAUGGGAUUAUUGGGAAUGUAGUAGUGGUUGGUCUUGCAGGUAGGAAUUUUAAAUUGCCCAGUAAAUUGUAGUAUGAAAGAAAUGGAAUUUCACUCAUGUUUCAUGUAUUCUUUGGACAUUGUAGCUUGAAAAAAUUUAGAGUGCACCAAAUGUGGAUUUAAACAGUGUUAUGAAAAUUAUUUUGCUUUUGUAAGAUAACUUCUAAUAUGAACCAGGGAAUAUUAUCUGUUUCAAGCCCAAAAUAUCAACUUCAACUGAGUGCUUGUUGACUUGGAGUUUUCUAUCUUUCCUGAAAGGUGACUGAUUAUGUAGUAUCUAAAAUACUAUGACAUUGAUUCUCUCUCAAAGAGCAACAGUGGAUCUUGCAAGGAGAGAGGACAUACUUUCUGUUCCUCAUUGGCAAACAAUGAGAUUAUCUUGACAUGGUUGUGGAAGAAAGAGCUUGAGGAGUCAUAGGAAGUUAGAGACAUAAACCAGUUCUCCUUUUGGGGGAGUUUUGGAGAAUUGUUGCCAUCAUGAAGAGAUGAAUAAUAAAAAGAAGAGUAAUCCAGGAUAAGGUCCAUUUUAGGAAAAAGAGGAGCAAAUGUCCAUGAGGAGGCAAUAGUGUAGUUAGAUUUGCUACUGUUGAAGCUCAAUUUCUUUGUGAAGUUGUUCUCUUUCUCAGUGGAGUUGGCUGCCACUGUUUUUGCUGCCUUGCAGAAAGGGACCGAGAUGUUUUCAGUCAACAUGAAAGACACUGUUUUCAUGUCUCCAUCCACCAGGAAUCUCGGAAGUUUCUUCACUUCGUCUUUGAACGCUUAGUGUUUCAGUUUUGAACUGUGAGAUUGAGAACAAUUACACUGUAACCAUUUCGAGAAGGAAUGAUACACUUUUCGCUGCUUGUUUUGUAGAGGAAGAAUUCACUUGAGGCUUCAAAAUCCAGCAAAAUUGAGGGGGUAUUGAGUCUCAUUGGUUAUAGUAAAGACAGGCUGUGUAGGGGUCGAGUCUUUUGGUAGAAGUGCAGGCAGAGGGAUAUCCUCAAGCCAUAUCUGGGUUACAGAAGAAAGAACUGGAAAUGAAGAAGAGAAAGUAUGUUCAUCUUUUGGCAAAGUUCUCAAGUUUUUCGACUUGUUUACUCAGAGUAGGGGUGCUCAUCUCCUUGGUCUUAAGAAAAGGAUUUCUUGUUGCUAAAAAAUGCUUAUUUCUUUGAUCUCAUGAAAAAGGUUACUUGGUCCUCGGAAAACAUCAUUUUCGUAGCAACUGUAAGGGCUGUUUUUCUUCAGCCUCCAAGUAUUUAUGAUAUCCUUGGAAGGAAAGCAGUUGGAUUUAUAACAUUCUAAAUAUGUUACUUUAAUACGUUUCAUUAAUCAAGUGAAUGUAUCUGUUGUAUUUAUACUUUUAGAAUACAAGAAAAUGUUUCAUUAGGCAUCCUGAUCCAAUGUAAACCCUCAUUUGUUGGGAAUGGAAAAUGAAAGGUUUCUUUGAAGAGAAAAUGGAGAAACAGGGUUGCAAUUGCAUGCGGAGGUGUAGAUGAGAAUAGAUAGUAAGAAGUCUGGAAGAAAGUGAGGGAAAAAAUGCAAGUAAUAAAAUAUAGAGGUGAGCAAGAAUGCUGAGGAGAAUGUGAACAUCUUAUAGUGAGCAUGGCACUACAAAGGACAUGAAUACCUUGUGCCCUGAUGGAGGGAAAGCGUCGCCCAUCAACUUUGUACUAACAAGAGUUAAAGGACCCAUUUCCUCUCCUUCAGAAGAUGCCAAAAUCUAUCAGUCUUCCUCCUUACCCCUACCAGCGAUUGGGGCUGUGGAAGAAACACUACAACAUGUAUGUUGUAAUCGCUUGUUUACCACUACAUUGCACUACCAGUCUCACCUUAUAGAAAAAGCCGAGACUGAUCAGGCACACGAAUUUAAAUUACUUGAAAUGGGUUUGUUACGGUGUUCGUUAUGUUCUAUAUGGGUGCAGAGUAGUGGGAUGUCUUUGCACUUGAGAAAAUUCCAUGGCAUUAUAAAAGUCAAUAAAAAUGCUACGUCGCUUGGUGAGCUCUCUAGUGGCAAUAAAGCAGAGACUACGGUAAAGCCUGGGAAAAGUUAUGUGAUCAAAGUCAGCGGUCAGACUGUGUCUGCAGGGCAGCCACUUGUAGGCAGUUCCACCAAGAAAUCUAAUAAUAUUGAAAUAUUAUCUUCCAGUGCAAGUCUUACCAAACCAGCCUAUAAAUUAAUAACAUCGGAUGGGAAGGUUUAUCCAAAUACUAUACGCCUUCAGAAUUCAUCCAGUGGAAUAGGAGGAAAGGUCAUUGUCCGACCAUCUGUGCCGUUUAAUAAUGGUGUACCUGUGGUGACCUACGGGUCUCGAAUGAUCAUGAAAGCGAAUAGAAAUAUAUCGGAAGGGAAGAUCAGAAUGCCAAUAUCCAGUAAAACUGGUAUUUGCAAAGUAGUACCUGCUGGUGGGGCAGUGUUGCAAAGCACCUCUCAGUUUGCAAAGUCAGUCGGUGGUGUCACCACUGUGCAGAUCAGUGGUGGGAAUAUUGUGGCUACUUCAAGUUCAGGCAAGGUGUCAAAAAUGAAGACGAAGUUCUGUGCAGAGUUAGGGAAACCAUUAAUAAAUGUUGAUAAGAAAAUAAUAUCUAGAUCUUAUAAGGUUGUAGAAAAAUGCUCAAGUAACAAGACUUUGCCAUUAACAAAUGUAGAUUUAGAAAGGACAAAUAAAAAUAAGAGUACGAAUGUGGGUGUUGAAACAACAGUGAAAUCUCCUGGCGAAAAAAGUGAGGUAUCUCAUACCAGGACUAAAGGCGUGAGUAACAGAAAGAAGGAAUUGAUGCUAGAUAUGGAAGGUCCAGAUGAAAAGCUUGCAUUUUUGAAAUUUGAUCACAGUGAUGACAUAUUUGAGGAAUUUGCUUUAAGUUUAGAGAAAAUUCAGAAGGAGAAAGAGUCUCUGGCAAAAAAAGGGAAGCCAAGCACCAAACAAAAAUCUGUACCUCCUGUAAGCAAUCAAAGCACAGUAGUGCCUAGUGAAAAAAGUGACUGUAAUGGAAAAGCAGAGAGUUCAAAGCCUGUGUCCAAUAAAAAACGCCGUAAGCAAGUCUUGAAGCCUGUGCUGGAACCUGGAGGUGACGUCAACAUGGAAACUCCAAUCACUUCCAAAGUCAAAGUGAGGAAAAAGGGUAAAAAUGUGUUACCAGACAGUGAAUGCCAUACACCCAAAGUUGGUAAAAAAACUAGUCCAACCAUCACAGUUAAUACGAAGAAAUAUAGAAGAAAAUUUAAAGAGAACAAAUGUGAUACUCCUAAAUGUACUCCAAAGACAUCUCAGCAGACACCUAAAGGUAAACGUGGUGGUUGGAAAAAGAAAAGGCCAGUUGGACGCCCCCGCAGAGAGGAAGUUAGUGAAGUGAGCACUCCUAAUUUAACCGGGUUAGACACAAUGUUUAAUGAACCAACUCAUGAAGAUGUGGAGAAUGAACCAGUAUUGUCACCCAAACGUGAAGAGGAGGACAAUAUUCCUACUGUAGAAUUGGACCUGUUUACUCUAUCCUCGCUUAAUGAAAAAGUAUCUGUUUUGCUCACAGAGCCCCAUAACCCAGAUUUUAAAGUUUAUGCCAGCAUGGAUGCAAUAUUUGUUGGAGAUUCCGCUCUUGGUGACGUUACAAACCAAAUUGGGUAUGUGACAGACUCCAACAAUGUUGUGUUUGUAAAUCCUGGUCAUUUCCUCUUCCCCAAUGUACAGGAACUUGAUAAAUUUAUUCCUAGCCCAAUAAUGACAAUAAAGGAAAAGAUGAGCUUGUCACCUAGAAAGCUAUGUAAACGUGCCACUAAUGUUAAAUUAUCAGUAAUUAGUAAAGAGAAUCAGGGUGUUGAAAAUAAUCAAGAAUCUCAGGGAAAUAGUAGAGAAUCUAAGAUAUCUCCUACCAAGAAGAAAACUAGUAUUGCAGACAGUAAGAUAAACUCUUAUACUGGGCAUAAAAAAUCAUUGAAGGACAAAAGUUUAGGGUUGAUGGUAUCAAGCAGUGAUGUUGUGCGAGAUAGUAAAGAGAAUGUUCCCCUAGCUAGAUUGGACGGUUCUUCUGGAAACUCAAAGGAUGUGAGGGUAAGACGACGUAGUGCUCGUCACAGCGGAGAAAAUAAAGGAGAUGAACAGUUGCCUUCAGUUUUAAAUAAAGAUGAAGAAUUGCCUGGUGCUGAAAUAGAAAUUAAGAAAGGGGAACCUAGGUCCAGAACAAUGUCAGGGAGUCUGAAAUUGGGGAGAAAUGUACAGGUAAAGCACUUAAUUGAUGGUCAAGGUAAAGAGGAAAAUGUAGACUGUGACAAGGUUGACUGUGACAAGAUUUUGAAAGUCGUGAUAUCUCCUAUCAAGUCCGAAUUCCAGAACUUGGUACAAGAGUUGAAAGCGGGACUUCUAAAGUCUUCAGGGAAUCACAGAAUAGCACUUUCGUUUGAUAAUGACUGCCCUGAAAGAAUUCCUAAUAAAAAGAAGCUUGAAUGUGAUACUAAAGAUUUAGAUGUCAGAUUUGAAGACAAUGACACUGUUAUUUUGAGUAAGCCAAGGUUGCGAACUAGGUCAGCAGAUAGUGUCCCAUGUGGAAAAAGCUCCAAAGCUGACUCUCUUCCUAGUGAUAUUAGUAGUAAUAGGUAUAACCGUUUGUCCAGAAGGAAAGGUCGAUUAAAAAGUGAAAGUGAUUCUUCAUUUAGGACACAACAUGACGGUGAGGAAAUGGGAAUCUCAGAGCAAGUGUUGUCUCAAAGUAGACAUGAUUUUAGAAAUAUUAGUGGUAGUACAUCAGAGGACAAUAGUGAUUGUGUGUCUCGUAAUGGGAGAAGAAAAUCUCUUUCCAAAAGUACCUGUGAAAGUCUGUCAAAAGAAGAUUCCUUAAUGGCUGUAAUGGCAUUGGCAGAAAAUUCUGUGAUAAAAGGUAAAAACUUAGAUAUUAAAAAUGAACCCAGUGUAAUUAGAAACCGACCAGUUAGAGAGAGAAGACCUAGCUCUAAGUGGCUUGAAAGUCUAGCCUUUGGUAAGUGCUCUAAAAGGCUUUCUACACCCAAGCUCAGGACUGAACGGUCUGUGUCAGACACUAGUGAUCAUUCAAGCUCUGGAAAACUACGGAACAAUGAUGAAAGUGCAAAAACACUUGAUAUGAAAAAACUAAGGGAUGAAGUGAGGUCACUUACAAUCAUUUCAGGAAACCAAAAUAGAGGGCCAGGUUUAACAACAAACAACAAAGAUGUAAAUGUGGUUGAUGUACUAUGUCACAGUGAAAUGAGUGAGUGUAUCGAGAGUAAAGUAUAUAAUAGUAAUGUUGGCUGUAAUAGUAUUGAUUAUAAUAAAACCUCAGUUGUUGUUGCCAAGAGUAAAACUAAUAAGAGCAAUGAUGACUGGGAAAAGGGAAGUGAAAUGGUAGAGGAUGGUGUUGGGGAUUUAUUAGAUAUUGUUAGAGCAGGAAACAUACAAAACAGAAUAGAUGAUGAGACAACAGACACUGAAGUUAAUCAGGAAGAGGAACUUUUGUGCAAAAUUGAUGGAUCACAGAAGUUGAAUCAGCAACAAAAGACAAAAAAGAAGAAAAACAAGAAAAUUCAAUACAAUACUCAUGUAAAAAAUAUAGAUGAAAUGGUGGUUAAACUUGAUAACAAAAUGGCAGUUGGCACAAUAAUUGACAAUGACACUAUAAACCAAGAUGAUGAUGAUGAAGAAGCAUUUUUGGAAGGUGGAAUAGAUGAAGACGAAAUGAAGUGCAAAGAGGGAAACGCUGAUGACUGUAAGGAUCUAGGUGUUUGUUUUGAGGGAGUUGAGGAUGAAGCAGAUAUUAAUAUAAAAAGUGAGAAGCAGGAGCAACCACUUGAGAAAGGCACUAAGGGAGUUGCUACUGAGGUAAAAGUUACUCAAAGUGACAAGAAUACUGAAUGUCAUGAAUUGUCAUCACAACAUGAAAGACGUGACAAAAAGAAUGCCUCUCUUGAUAAUGUAUUUACAAGUACUGUAACAAAGUUAUAUCUUUCAGAGGGUAUUGAAAGUUCUGAAUCAUCAGAAACACUUGUUUCUGAUGAUUCUUUGUGUAAGAGCUUUUCUGGUAAAGAGAUUUCUAGUGAAGAUUCUAGCGGCAAAAGUACAGCAGAAAGAUGUACAGCAAGUAGUGAAGAGAGUAGUACAGAAAAUAUAGUUGAGGAUGAUGAAGUAGUAGUGCAGAGGAAGUACAAAGUUGACCUUUGUAAAAGUUCACAACUUUCCAAAGUAAUUAGAAUAGAUGAAGAGAUAUCAUUCAAAGUGAACCAAGAGGAACAAGCAAAAAUAUUUUACACUUUAAACAAAGGUGAAUUGUCUGAUGAAGGCCUGGACUCACCUGAAAGAGCAAGGAAGUUGACUGACUUUGAAGAGGACAAACUUUUGGAAGAAAUUUUUGAUGAAUGUGAGAAAUUACCGCAUGAAAAAUUAAACUUUGUGGAGGAAUUGGAAGUAAAGUCAUGUGACAGGAAAAGUUUACUAAAUUGUGACAAAAAUACAAAAUUUUUAGUCAAACAUACCCCCAAAACAAGUGAAAAACUUGAAGAAGGAAAUCAUAAUCAAAAUAUGAGGAGUACAUUUGAUAAGUUUGAAGAGAUCGAACCGGAAUUGUAUGAGGACAGUGAAUCAGAAUCGAAUGACGAUAGUGAAAUAGAUAAAGGGAGUCUUACAAAUAUUGAACCUGGUGUUGAAACAGGAUUGGUAGAGAACAGCAUUCAGAAAAUAACAGAAAGUGAGGAAACAGGAUUGGCAGAGAACAGCACCCAGAAAAUAAUAGAAAGCGAGGAAGUACCUUGGACAAACCAUGAAAAGAGUGAAUUGAGGGACCACAAAUUUCUAAAUAAUUUAGAAGACAAUAGUAAAAUGUCAGAGUUGUUGGUAAAUGAUACUUUAGUUGGAAACCAUAAGGAAGAGGUUGUUUGUCAGGAUGAAAUAACUAAAUUAGAUCUCACUCUGGAAAGGAUGGAUUGUAAAAUAAAGGGCUGUGAUGCUGGAAUCCUUAGUCAACCCACAACUGAUUUAGCUUAUCCCAAAGAUGGGUUUGAGAAAGAUGUUACUUCAAAGUUUGUUGGUAACUUGGAGAAGACAGUUGAAAAAAGAAUUACUGCCGAUUUAAAACUGGCAGAAGCAGCCAGUUGUACUGAAGUGUUCGAAGAGAUGAGCAAAGAAGCUCCAGUUAAUCCCAUAAUCAAUUUUGAAAAGACCGCAACUGGAAGGUUAGAUUCCUCAGAGGAGACUAUUAGAAAAGAAGCAAGUGCCAGAGAUUUACAGUUGCAAGAAGAGGUUAAGAAUACUGAUAUUCCAGAAGAGAUUUAUAAGGAAAAUACUGCUGGUGAAAAAAUCUAUGAAGAAACCUUAGGAAAAGAAAUUCUUCAUGAUACUGAAAUGUGUGUGAAAGAAGCUCCUACUAAUAGUGGCAACUCUGUCUUCAAUAUAAAUGUUUCACCAAGACUUUCCAAAGAGUUAAGUAUUGUGUGUUCUGAUUCCAGUACUGUUGGUAGUAGGUCCCCUCAUAGUAAAAAAGAAAAAUGUAGGAGCCCUAGAUCUACAGGUCCUUUGUCACCCUUAAAAAUUUCACCAUUGUGUCCAUCUCGGGAAUGGCAUGGACGAGGGGCUAAACUCAAAGCUCAAGUACUUAUUCAAGAUCAGCAGUCUGGUGUUACAGCUCAAGUACUUAUUCAUGAUCAACAGACUGGUGUUACUAAUUCUGAGAGGGGAAAAUAUUCACCCAGAUCUACAGGUCAUUUAUCUCCCUUGAAAAUUUCACCAGAAUUAUCUCCACCACGGGAAUGGCAUGGUCGUGGAGCUAAACUCAAAGCUCAAGUGCUUAUUCAGGAUCAGCAGACAUAUGUUGCUGAUUCUGAGAGGGAAAGACAUUCACCCAAAUCUACAUCUGAUUUGUCUCCCUUGAAAGAGUCGCCAGAAUUAUCUCCACCACGGGAAUGGCAUGGUCGUGGAGCUAAACUCAAAGCGCAAGUGCUUAUUCAAGAUCAGCAGACAAAUGUUACUGAUUCUGAGAAUGAAAGAAAUUCACCCAAAACUACCAAUGAUUUGUCUCCCCUGAAAGUUUCACCCGAGUUAUCUUCACCUCGGGAAUGGCAUGGUCGUGGAGCUAAACUUAAAGCACAAGUACUUAUUCAGGAUCAGCAGACAGGUGUUAUUGAUUCUCAUGUAGUUUGCUCUGGUCUUGGUAUUGCAGAUGUUAAGAAGGGUUUUGGAACAGAUGGAUCAGAUGAUAAAUCAGGUGCUUACGUGAAAAGUGAGAAAGAAAAGACUAUUUCAAGUACUAAAAUUACGAGUCCAAAAGUUAGUGGAGUAUCCCAUUCUAAUACUGGCAUUUCCCUGAAGUCCCCUAAACCUUCUAAAUUUGUGCACGAUGAUCGCGAGUGGCAAGCAAGAGGAGCCAAACUGAAAGCACAGAUUAUGAUUAGUGACCAGCAGAAUGGCCAAAUGAACACCUUAGUGGAACCAAUGGACAACAGCUUCUCCCCAGUUCUCAAGUCUCCUCCUGCAAAGAAAGCAAAACUUGGAAGUCCACCUGUGAAUAUGAAAGAUAUUAGAUCAUUCUUCACAGUUCAGAAGGCUUCAGAACAAAAAUUCAAGAAAGGUGUGAGUGGAUCUGAUGUCAUGCCUAAAUCAAGCUCUUCCACACAAGCUGACUCUCCCAGUUCACCUAACUGUGCAAGCUCUUCAAGUGCCUGGAAAAUGAGAUCUCCCACUGCUGAUUUUACCAAUGAACAUUCUUUGCUAGAUGAUGUAGCUUCUGAUGAAAAAAGCUUUGUGAAAGCUAAUCCUGUCACUGUACCUAAUGAUAAACAUAAUAAACGGAAUGGCAAGAUCAUCCAUCACGUUGAAAACAACUGGAAUGGCAGAAUGGUCAGUUGCAUUGAAUCUUCAAGUAAACUAGUAUCUCCAAAUAACAGUAAGUUAAAUGAACCGAACCACAAGCUUACUCCUCCCAGUGCCGGAUCUUCCAGUAUGCCUCUGUCUCCAAGUACAGGUAAUAGUACUUUUGUAAAACCAGACCCUCAUAGUAUAGGUUCUACCAAACUUCUUAGCAGUCCACAGUGUGUAACAGACUCUUCCAACAAAGAUAGUCCUCAGACAUUCAGGAGAAGGAAGUUAAAAUUAUAUUCUGUCACUAGUAGUGACAUAAGAACAUUCUUUGCUCCAGUUAAAAGUACCAAAAGAAAGCUAGAAUCCUCAUCACCACUUGAUUGCAAGGCUAUAAAACGAGAAGAAAGUUCCCUGUUGAAAUUACCAAAGAAUAUGGAAGUUCCUGAGAUCCAUCCUUUGCAGACUACCUGUCAGCCAAGUAAAAUCAUGUCUGAAAAAUUCCAGACUUUGGACUCUGCAACCUCACCAGACUUUGAAGGCUUCCCGUAUGGUUCAAGGCAAUCAGGUGUCCGAGCCAGAACUUUAGUGAGAUUAAUAACUCUUAUAAAAAGUAAAAAAUGGUAUGGAUUGGGUAAUUUUCCUUUUCCUUUAGAUCAAUUAUGUGACUGGAAUGAUGGCAUGUUAGAAGACAGAUUAUUUGAUAAGUAUUCAUAGAUGUAACUUUUUACUGUAAAUAAAGUAUUGUUUUAUUCAAUAGCGAAGUUCUGUAUUUCAUUUGUAUUAAAUUUGAUUCAAGAAAAGAAUUAAUAUAUAUUUUGAGUAUGUCUCCAGACUUUUUUUUAUUCAUUUGUAUAAAAGUCAUGGCAGGUUAGUAUUCAGUAUGAAAACUCCAAAAGGGUUUUUGUUUUUGAUGAAUCAAUACAAUGUAUUGUGUAUCAAGAUGAUAUUUUUGUACAGUAUUCCCUUCUCUUUACCCCUGUACAGUUUACUUGCAAUAUUUGUUGUGAGACAAAUAAAAAAAAUAUGAGA